AUGAAAAAAAUAAAAAAAAAGGCUUAUUUAAAAAAAAAUAAUUUAAUUAAAAUAUAUGGAAGUGGGUGUGUGAGUGUGUGUGAGUGUGGUUUAAACUUAAUUAAUAGAAUGAUAAAGAUGAAAAAAAAAAAGUUAUUAAUAAGAAUAAAAUUCCAAUUUUUUUCUGAAACGUCAAUUUGGCUUCUCAAAUGGCACCUAUAUUUAAAAUUUUAA